UUGCAGAGUGGUACGGUCCAUCCGCUCCCUGCGCGAGUAAUGCGGAAGUGACUGUCUGGAGGCGUGGUUGUGUGCGGGGUGUUGGUCGGAGGCUGAGAACGUCUGUAGUGAGUGCAGCUCCGGUCGUGUCCGUUCAUCUCUCCUCAGUGUGCGACUAACCCCACCGCCAAGAUGUCAAGCAAAAGAGCAAAGACAAAAACCACCAAGAAGCGCCCCCAGCGCGCAACAUCCAAUGUAUUUGCUAUGUUUGACCAGUCCCAAAUCCAGGAAUUUAAGGAAGCCUUCAAUAUGAUCGAUCAGAAUCGGGAUGGUUUUAUUGAUAAGGAGGAUUUGCACGAUAUGCUCGCUUCCCUUGGUAAGAACCCUACAGAAGAAUAUUUGGAAGCGAUGAUGAAUGAAGCACCCGGACCCAUUAACUUCACCAUGUUUCUUACCAUGUUUGGAGAGAAGCUGAAUGGUACAGAUCCAGAGGAUGUGAUCAGAAACGCGUUUGCGUGCUUUGAUGAAGAUGGUAUUGGUCAUAUACCAGAAGAAUAUCUAAGAGAGCUGCUGACCACAAUGGGAGACAGAUUCACAGACGAGGAGGUGGACGAGCUGUUCAGAGAAGCACCGAUUGACAAGAAGGGCAAUUUCAAUUACAUUGAGUUUACACGCAUCCUGAAACACGGCGCUAAGGACAAGGAUGAUUAAGUCUUUGCCUUGGUCUCCACUGUAGCUUUCUGCUCUGAGUUCCUUCUCCUGGUAGAUCUGUGCAUGCAUAUAGCUCUGUAAACCUUCUUUGUGUAUUUAUGGAUUUAUUCCAAGCCAGUAUGGCGUACGCACAUCUAUAAGCAAACUGGAAACCGAAGAUGUAAUUGUAACAUUUUACUAGGAAGUAUAAAGAAUUGCUGCACAGCAGACCAAAUGAUUCUGUUUUUCGACUCAAGCUGGAUUUUUUGCAAUUUUUGUAAAAAAAAGAAAAAAAAAUUUAAAAUGAAAAUAAAGAACUGUCUAU